CAUGCAUGGAGGCUACACCUGUCUUCUUCUCAGUGCAGCAACUGCCACACCCAUACCAGGCCACCUCAUCUUUAUCCCUUUCCUCAAACCCCAUCUUCCUCUUCAUUCCUUUCUUCAUCAAUCAUACAAUCCUGAAACUUAAAUAUGACUAUUGCUUCUUAAUUGGUGCGUAUUAUAAUGAGUUGCCGUUCUGGAGGAUUUUCCCCAAUUCCCAGUUCUUAUUUUCAGUGAUAGAUUAUAUAUAUGUUGGGCGUUUGGAAGUGAGAAGUGAUGAAAGGGGAGGAUGAAAUGAAGAAGAUUAUAACCAGCAAAAGCCAGAGAAGAUGGGUUGUGGAAAGGGGAGUGAGACUGGGAAGGAAUGUUAUAAUGACUGCCUUUUUCGUCUCAUCUGGGCCGUUGGUUCUUCCUCCGCUCAUAGCCAUUUCUGUGUUUGGGUUUGUGGUUUGGGUCCCUGUUGUUGUUGUGGUCGGCAGCUAUGCAGCGACUGAGAAGCUCAUGAGCAAGUUGCUGCCAAUGCCUUCUUCGCCUUCCCCACCUCUCCUCUUGGAGGGCUGCCACCAUGCUGCCACACAAGUGUCUGCAGAUGAAGAUUUAGCCCGUAGGGACUCCGAAGGAAGAGGGGAAUGCACAGACUAUGAAGAAACAAAGACCUCUGGUGAAGUGGUAGAAGGGGGAGAGAGUUUUGUGGAAGGUUGUGAAGAAAGAUCAGAUUUUGUUAGAAAUGAAGAGAAUUACAAGGCUGAUGAAGUUUUCCAGCACUUGGAGGGGAAACAUGAGAAUCGUAAAGCCACUAAUGUAGUAGAUGAGAAUUUGGUUGUAGUAGAUGAGAAUGAGAAUUUGGACAAAGGAUAUGAUGAGGAAGAUGACAGAGAAUACCUGAAAGGAGAAGUUGGGGACAAGAGAAGGGAGCUUGAAGAUGCUGAUAAUGUCGAUGAGAAUUCAGAGAAAGAAGAGGAUGAGGAAGAUGCCUGUGAAUGCACAGAGGGAGUUAGGAAAGGGAAUGCCAUUGAUGUAAUUUCGGAAGAAGAGGGUUAUAUGGAGGAGGUUGGUGAAAACUUCCUGGAGGGAGAGCAUGAGGACGACAUAUAUGAUGAAAAAUUGGAGACGGGUUCUGAGGAAGUUGGCGAGUCCUUGGAGGGAGAAGGAGAUGGCAAGAGGAUUAUUACCAUUAUUGAUGAGGAUUUGAAAGAAGAACAUUAUGCGAGGGAAGUUGGUGGACCUUUGGAUGGACAAAAUGAGGAUGAAAUUAAAGAUGAGAUUUUAGAGAAGACAUCCUAUGAUGAGGAGGAUUUUGGGGAAUGUGUGGAGGGAGAACAUGAGAAGGAGAAAGAGGCCAAUACAUACGAGUACUUGAAGGAAGGUUGCGACACGAAAGAGGCUACCACUUCUGUCAGUUUGAAAGAGGGUUAUCAUGUGAAGGACAUAAGCAAGAACUUAGAUGGAGAACGAGAUGUGGAUUUGGAGAAGGGUUACGAGGAGGAUGUUGAUGAAUGCUUGGAGGAAGAACAAGGAGAUGUGGAAAAGAUUCCCAUUGAAGGGGAUGUGAAAGAAGAAGAAAAAGAAGAUUACAUGGAGGAAGUUGAUGAAUACUCAGAUACAAAAGAUGAGAAUUUGGAGAAAGAUUAUAAGGAGCAUGAUGUAGAAUACUUGGGGGUAGAACAAGGAAUCGGGGAAGUAAUUCGCAUUGAUCAAACCCUAGAGAAAGGUUAUGAGGGGGAGGAGGAAUACUUGGAGGUUGAACAAGGAGAUGGGAAAGAAAUUACUACUGAUGAAAACAUGGAGAGUGGUUAUGAGGAGGAUGAUGAGGAAUACUUAGAGGUAGAACAAGGAGAUGGAAAAGUAAUUACCACUGAUGAAACGGCCUUAGAUAAAGGUUAUGGGGAGGAUGAUGAUGAGGAACACAUAGAGGGGGGAGAAGAAGGGCGCAAAAUAGAUGUUACCAUUGAUUCGAAUUUGAAAGAGGAUGAAGAGGACGUUGGCAAACGCUUAGAGGGAGAGCUUGAGGAAAAUAAAGAGAUUAGCAAUGAUCAUAGCUUGAAAGAUGAAAGCUAUGGAGAAGAGGCCAUUCAGCAGUACUUAGAAGGAGAAGAGCCUGAGGAAACAGCCACUGAGAUGAAGAUUAAAGGACUGUUAGAAGUGGUGUCAAGGAGAGAUAGCGAAAAUAAUGAUGAUGACAAUAAAGUAGGAAACAGUGAAGCAGAUCACAGUUUUGAGGAAGAGGAUGCGAAAAUGGAUAAAUCUGAAGAACCGGCUGAGACUAUUCCAACACAAGAUGACAUUACAACAGAAACUAAGAAGCCAAUUGCGGGAGAAGAUUUCAAAAAACAUCAUGUGAAGAAGGACCAAUCCUUGUUGAUCAACGAGGAAAAUCUUGUUCAGGAGGAUGUUUCUUCUAGCACAGAGGAACCCCAACAGAAGGGUUCUGAAUCCAGUAUUGAUGAAACAGAAACUGCCACGGCCAACGAAAGCACCACCCUUUCUGAUAAAGGAAAUGCAGCAGUGAAGCAGCAGGAUACACCAGGAGGAUUGCACCCAUCAGAACAUUAUGUGACCAAAACUAACGCCGGUGCACAGGAGCCAUCAUCCAGUGAGGUCAGUGCAUAACAGAUCACCAUUCCCUCAACCUUUUCUGUUAAAAUGAUAAUAAUAUCUUAGUACUUCAUGUGUCCAUUUUUGUUAGAUACACUCCGUCGUGUUAUCUGUUUUGCGUUGCUAAUAUUUUAUCACUAGCUUUUUGGUUUCCCAUCUUAUGCUUUUGUCUGUUAUGUCAUAUUUUACUUUUUAGGACUCACUACCUUUUCUUCUUUAUUAUACAGAAGGUUACAAUUGUGAUAUAACAAUGAUCUCCUUUAUGCACUCAAAUGUAGUUUACAUUUUGAACUGAUGGAGGGAGUGAGGGACUAAUUGUUGCUGUCAAUGUGGUGCUAGGACAUCGACAUAAGUGAGAAGAUAUGGGAGCAGGUGUGUGCACUAAGGGCAAUCUUGGGAUACACAGAUGCAACUCAAUCAUCCACUGUGGAUGAAAUAAAAGCUCUUUUUGUGUUCAUUGGAGUUGAACCACCACCAUCAUUCAAUGACCCUUCAGACCUCAUAAAUGUCAAUGAGAUGCUCAGGAUUUUAAUGUCAAUUGUAGGAAUCAAAUAGACAGCAUUGGCUCUUUUACUGGUCUUUAUCCAAACGUCUUCGAAGUACUCACUUUGUAGGAUUUUUUUGCUUGGGUACCCAGACUUCUUAUUGAUUCAGAAUCUUUUGUUAAUUGAAUUCAUAUAGCUCUGCUUCUUGAGCUUAUUGGGUUACCAAAGUUUGAUGUUGCAUUUUAUGAUAUGAAAAUGCUAUCAUUGUGGUGUCAUUUUAAUAAAAUUUCAUUUCUAGUAUUAUGAUAGAAGUUUUAACUGCCAUUGGCAUGUUUUAGUACAAUUCUUCUUUCAGCACAAGUUUACCCAAUUUAGGUAAUCUAGCUGAAUCUGUGUCACUGUUAAGUAUUACUAUUAGUCUUGUUUUGAUUUGAUACAAUUUUUAAUAAAGUGGUUGAAAGUGUAAAAA